ACUGUGUUUUGUUUGUAAACAAAACACAAUACGCUUGUGCCCAAGCUCGCUCGUGAUCAGUCUGUCUCUUUCACACUUGGAGGAAAAAAUUCCCCUUCUGCUUUCUUCCGUACUGUUUUCAUAUACCGCUCCCCUAACCAACUUAGUGACGAAACGGCCUCACCUAGUACCAUAGACCCGUCUUGUAUGGUACUAUAGUAUAUACUUCUAGGCGCCUUGGUGCUGUUAUUUAGAAGUAGUUGCGAAUUUUUGAACAAUGAAUAUACUUUUUCAAACAGUGUUAAAACCAUUGCCGAUAAAUUCAUACAGUAUUCGUUUAUUGCUACCAGCUCGUCCAUUACGACGUUUUUGUACCAGACGCUUGGAAACAACUGAGGAUGUGCGGGUUCGUUUUGCACCGAGUCCAACCGGUUUCAUGCACUUGGGUGGACUGAGAACAGCCCUUUUCAACUAUCUAUUCGCGAAAUCUCAUGAAGGGAAGUUGAUUCUACGUAUCGAAGACACUGACCAGGAGCGCUUGGUAGAGGGGGCAAUGGAACGUAUCUACGAGGACCUCAAGUGGGCCGGAGUUGAACCGGACGAAAGUCCUUGGAAAGAAGGCCCAUACGGGCCGUAUAUCCAAAGCAAACGAUACGAUAUCUAUAAGCAGGAGGUGAAAAAGUUGAUGGAAGAUGGUAAAGCCUACUAUUGUUUUUGCACCGAGAGGCGACUGGACCUGCUUCGGAAGGAAGCCGUUAGGCUGAGACAAAUUCCGAAGUAUGACAACAAAUGUCGACAUCUAACGCCGGGACAAAUUGCUGAACGAUUGGCGAGAAACGACAAGUUUUGCAUCCGUUUCAAGCUGGAUUCGAAAGCGGACGAAUUUCAGGAUUUGAUUUACGGAAAAAUAGUUUAUUUCGUUGCACAAAACGAAGGCGAUCCGGUGAUCAUCAAGUCGGACGGAUUCCCUACCUAUCACUUUGCGAACGUGGUGGACGAUCAUUAUAUGAAAGUAAGCCAUGUGUUACGUGGAGUCGAGUGGCAGAUAUCCACCCCGAAGCACAUACAAAUGUUUCGCGCGUUCGGUUGGAGGCCACCACAGUAUGCCCAUCUGCCUCUAGUGAUGAAUGCAAACGGAUCUAAAUUGAGUAAACGCCAGGGAGACGUUCAGCUCGAUUAUUACCGAAAGAUGGGUAUAUUUCCGCAAGCGCUGCUGAAUUUCAUCACCCAGAGCGGGGGUGGAUUUGAUAGAGGACUAAUUGAUAUAGUCGGUCCCCAGAUGGAGGACCUGAUCCGACAUUUUGACAUCGGAAAAAUAAAUGCACACUCUAGCCGACUGAACGCGGAUCUGCUAAAGCAGUGCAAUCGGGAAGAAAUUGAGCACCAACUAAAAAAUUGUCCAGAGAAAGCAGAAGCUCUUGUGCAGGAAGUGAUACGGAUGGUUCGACAUGAAUUCGGAGAUCAACUAAAGAAUCUGGAUUUGGACGAGAAGCAUGUGCGAGAUGUGUUGGAGUGGUCAACCAAGCGUAUAGAUGUUCUGCAAGACUUGGUAAAAGGAAAGCUUUCCUUUCUGUGGGUUCUUCCGCAUGGUACAAAGGAUAAGACUAUCAGUAAAGAUAUCCUAUUAGAUUUUGCCAACAGCCUUACCUCGGAAUGGGACAAUAGUUUUACCAAAGCACAGCUUAGUAAAUUUUUGAAAGCAUUUGCCCAACGCAAUAAUAUUGCAUUUGAUUUGUUCAUGAAGUCCAUACGAAGCAGUCUCAGUGGCCUCAGUGAGGGUCCCGGAGUUGCCGAGAUGAUGGAGAUCCUAGGACGUGACAAGACAAUCGAACGAAUCCAGCUCGCGGCGAAAAGGAAAUAAGUGACUGAUUUCAAUCGUUGUGGAGUUUAUUUGGAUAGGUUUGUUCUACAGUUUUCCUUCGAUUAAGAUGAACAUGUUGACUAACUGUAUAGAUAGUAGUAAUAAAAGUAAACAUAAACUACACAAAUUCAGAUUUCGGAUACCCGUUCUUUUCAUACAUUCCGAGAAAUGACCACCAUUGCGUCACAUUCAGUUGAACUAGGGUUAACAAAUAUUAAUCAAAACAUCUACAUUUUAAAUCUGCACUGGAGUUCGAAGUGAUUUCAUUCAUUAUUUCUGCUGUUAGUAGAAUAAAUCCACUGCGUCUGCGCAUUUCCGAUGAAUGUAACAUUCUCUUAUCACAGCAGAAUUUAAUUAAAUUCGCGAUCGACCAGAACCAUCGGUGCAACCAGAGUCCAUGCAUACAGUCCUACACAGAA